CCCAAAAAUUCUUUCAUCAUCAGCUUCAUGUAUUUUCUUAGAUCAGAAGCUUCAGGGAAUUGCUUGUACAGUUCCGUGUCUUUGUCUCUGCUUGGUGAUGAUGGUGCAUUUUGUUUGUCAUGCGUGCUUUUUGGUCAUCGCUUCCCUGGUAAAGCUUCUAAGAUUACAAAUUUGUUUUCUAAACCGGUUUCACGCUGGAAUGAUGCUGCAUUUACUUUUAAACGCCAUGAUGAAGGAGAAGUGGGGUUGCAUGCCCAAACAAAUCCAAUUUUAUUUGCCUUACGUGCUCAAAUGUCAGGAUCUGCGCAACCAAUAGAGCUCAUGUUAGAAAGAAAUCUUAAAAAGGAAAUCGAUCAGAACAAAUAUAAACUUAAAGACCUUGGCUUGCCAAUUGAAGACUGUCGCGGACAAGGUUAUGAUGGUGCGGGUGCUGUUGCAGGUUGUGUUAAAGGUUUGGCUGCCCAAAUUUUGAAGCUCAACUCGAAAGCAUUAUAUACCCACUGUUAUAGUCAUAGGCUUAAUUUGUCAGUUUGUGAUUCUUUGUCAGAUAUUGAGGUUAAGAAAGUACUUAACAAAAUAAAAGAUGUGACAAAUUUUAUCAAUAUUUCUCAAACAUGCAAUAUACCGUUUGAGGAGACUGUACGCAAUAGUUUAGAAACAGGGGCGGAUCUAGGAUUUUUCAAACAUCAGUCAUAAAACGUCGGAGGCGCUCCGCACCUGGGGGGG